AUGGCCCCUCCCGUCAAAGGAAGUGAAGAGCAGGGCCAUGCCAAAGCCACCCCCAAGGACCCCCUGAGCCUGCACCCCUGCCACUACCCACAGGAGCCCAGACACCAGCCCUCACCAUGGUAAGGCAGCAAGGAGCGUUUUCACUGGCAGAGUCACAACGUGAAGCAGAGUGGUGUGGAUGACAUGGUGCUGCUGUCCCAGAUCUCAGAGGACGCCAUUGUGAGCAACCUCCGCAAGCGUUUUAUGGAUGACUACAUUUUUACAUACAUCGGCCCAGUGCUUAUCUCUGUAAACCCCUUCAAGCAGAUGCCCUACUUCACUGACCGAGAAAUUGACCUCUACCAGGGCGCGGCCCAGUAUGAGAAUCCCCCGCACAUCUAUGCCCUCACUGACAACAUGUAUCGGAAUAUGCUGAUCGACUGUGAGAACCAGUGUGUCAUUAUCAGUGGGGAGAGCGGAGCUGGGAAGACAGUGGCUGCUAAGUACAUCAUGGGCUACAUCUCCAAGGUGUCUGGUGGGGGCGACAAGGUCCAGCAUGUCAAAGACAUAAUCCUGCAGUCAAACCCACUGCUUGAAGCCUUCGGCAAUGCCAAGACGGUGCGCAACAACAAUUCCAGCCGCUUCGGCAAGUACUUUGAGAUCCAGUUCAGCCGAGGCGGGGAACCGGAUGGAGGCAAGAUCUCCAACUUUCUGCUGGAGAAGUCCCGAGUGGUGAUGCAGAAUGAGAAUGAGAGGAACUUCCAUAUCUACUACCAGCUUCUGGAAGGGGCCUCCCAGGAGCAGCAGCAGAACCUCGGACUCAUGACACCAGACUACUAUUACUACCUCAACCAAUCAGACACCUACAAGGUGGAGGGCACCGAUGACCGGAGUGACUUCAGCGAGACCCUGAAUGCCAUGCAAGUCAUUGGGAUUCCGACCAACGUGCAGCAGCUUGUCUUGCAGCUUGUGGCAGGGAUCUUGCACCUGGGGAACAUCAGCUUCUGUGAAGAAGGAAACUAUGCCCGUGUGGAGAGCGCAGACCUCUUGGCCUUCCCAGCCUACCUGCUGGGCAUAGACAGUGGGCGGCUGCAAGAGAAGCUGACCAGCCGUAAGAUGGACAGCAAAUGGGGUGGGCGCAGUGAGUCCAUUGACGUGACCCUCAAUGUGGAACAGGCAGCCUACACUCGCGACGCACUGGCCAAGGGACUCUAUGCCCGCCUCUUCGACUUCCUGGUGGAGGCCAUCAACCGUGCUAUGCAGAAGCCUCAAGAGGAAUACAGCAUUGGUGUCCUUGACAUCUAUGGCUUUGAGAUCUUCCAGAAAAAUGGCUUUGAGCAGUUCUGCAUCAACUUCGUCAAUGAAAAGCUGCAACAGAUUUUUAUUGAGCUCACCCUGAAGGCAGAGCAGGAGGAGUACGUGCAGGAGGGCAUCCGCUGGACUCCCAUCGAAUACUUCAACAACAAAAUCGUGUGUGACCUCAUCGAAAACAAGCUGAACCCCCCAGGCAUCAUGAGCGUGCUAGACGACGUAUGCGCCACAAUGCACGCCACCGGCGGCGGCGCGGCCCAGACGCUGCUGCAAAAGCUGCAAGCUGCAGUGGGCACCCACGAGCACUUCAACAGCUGGAGCGCAGGUUUCGUCAUCCAUCACUAUGCAGGCAAAGUCUCCUAUGAUGUCAGUGGCUUCUGUGAGAGGAAUCGAGAUGUACUGUUCUCCGACCUUAUAGAACUGAUGCAGUCCAGUGACCAAGCCUUCCUACGGAUGCUCUUUCCUGAGAAGGUGGAUAUAGACAAGAAGGGCCGUCCCAGUACUGCUGGCUCCAAGAUCAAGAAACAAGCCAAUGACCUGGUGUCCACGCUUAAGAAGUGCACACCCCACUACAUCCGCUGCAUCAAACCCAAUGAGACCAAGCGGCCCCGGGACUGGGAAGAGAACAGGGUGAAGCACCAGGUGGAAUACCUGGGCCUGAAGGAGAACAUCCGGGUUCGAAGGGCAGGCUUUGCCUACCGUCGACAGUUCCCCAAGUUCCUGCAGAGGUAUGCCAUUCUGACCCCUGAGACAUGGCCACGGUGGCGUGGAGAUGAACGCCAGGGUGUCCAGCACCUGCUUCGUGCUGUCAACAUGGAGCCAGACCAGUACCAGAUGGGGAGUACCAAGGUCUUUGUUAAGAACCCAGAAUCGCUUUUCCUCCUGGAAGAGAUGCGAGAGAGGAAGUUUGACGGCUUUGCCCGCACCAUCCAGAAAGCUUGGCGGCGCCACAUAGCAGUCCGAAAGUAUGAGGAGAUGCGGGAAGAAGCUUCCAACAUCCUACUGAACAAGAAGGAACGCAGGCGAAACAGCAUCAACCGCAACUUUGUCGGGGACUAUCUGGGACUAGAGGAGCGGCCUGAGUUGCGCCAGUUCCUGGCCAAGAGGGAACGAGUGGACUUCGCCGACUCAAUCAUCAAGUACGACCGCCGCUUCAAGCCCAUCAAACGGGACUUGAUCUUGACCCCCAAGUGUGUGUAUGUGAUUGGGAGAGAGAAGGUGAAAAAGGGACCAGAGAAGGGUAUGGUGCGUGAAGUCCUGAAGAAGAAACUGGAGAUCCAGGCCCUUCGAGGGGUGUCUCUCAGCACCAGACAGGAUGACUUCUUCAUCCUCCAAGAAGAGGCUGCCGACAGCUUCUUGGAAAGUAUUUUCAAGACCGAAUUCGUCAGUCUUCUAUGCAAGCGCUUUGAAGAGGCAGCGCACAAGCCCCUGCCCCUCACCUUUAGCGACACACUACAGUUUCGGGUGAAGAAGGAAGGCUGGGGCGGAGGCAGUACCCGCAAUGUCACCUUCUCCCGCGGGACAAGUGACCUGGCUGUGCUCAAAGCUGGGGGCCGAACUCUCACUAUCAGCAUCGGGGACGGACUGCCUAAGAGCACCAAGCCUACACGGAAGGGGUUAGCCCAGGGAAGACCUCGAAGGUCAGCGCAGGCCCCUACUCGAGCAGCCCCUGGGACCCCCAGAGGCAUGAAUCGAAAUGGGGUACCACCCUCUUCCCAGGUGGGGCCCCUACCCCUGGAGAUCACAUCUGAAAGGAGUGCCCAGAGGCCUCCCCGGGGCCCUCCAUCCUCAACCCUAGGAGCCAGCAGACGUCCCCGGGCACAGCCACCUUCAGAGCACAACACAGAAUUCCUCAAUGUGCCUGACCAGGGUGUGGCAGGCAUGCAAAGGAAGCGAAGCAUAGGGCAGAGACCUGUGCCAGGUGUGGGCCGGCCCAAGCCCCAACCUCGAAUCCAUGUGCCAAGGUGCCGGGCACUGUACCAAUACAUAGGCCAAGAUGUGGAUGAGCUGAGCUUCAAUGUGAAUGAAGUCAUUGAGAUCCUCAUGGAAGAUGACUCCGGCUGGUGGAAGGGCCGGCUGCAUGGCCAGGAAGGGCUCUUCCCAGGAAACUAUGUGGAGAAGAUCUGA